CGGGCGUGCGCGCGCAUGCCGGGUGGCGGGAAAGCCUCUAAGUGCGAGUUAAGCUGUGGGUUGGCGGCGCCAGACCAUGGGCUCGGAGCGCGCGGGCCUCGCUCGCUCGCGGACGCUGUUCCUGCAGGACGACGGCAGCCCCAUGCGCUUCUACGUGCGGCCCGGGCCCGCCAAGCUGCAGCUCGCGCCGCUGAUCCUGGCGGGCGGCGGGCGCCUUUGCCGCGUGCAGGAGCCGGGCGCGGUGCUGCUGGCCCAGCCCGACGAGCGGGGCGCCACGGGCAACGUCGUCUCCACCGAGUACGUGCGGCGCUGUGUGGAGAGGAACGAGCGGCUGCCGCUGGAGCAGUACCGGCUGGCGGCGGAGCAGGCCCCGGGCCCCGCCGGCGCCUCGGCCGGCCGCUCUGCCUUCACGGGCUCCGAGGACGAGGCCAUCCUGCUGCACGUGCGGGACCGGGCGCAGGGCAGCGUCACCGGCACCGUGCUCUGGAAGGAGAUGGAGCGGACCCGCCUGACGCCGCACACCUGGCAGGCCAUGCGGGACCGCUAUCUGCGGCACUUGCGGGGCCAGGAGCACAAGUACCUGCUGGGCGGGCCCGGCCCCGCGCCGCCCCGCAGCCUCGCCAGGAGCGCCCGGCAGCCGGCGGAUAGCGAGUUCUGGAGGAAGGAAGUAGCUGAUGUACCCCAAGGAGUGGUUCAAGACCAAUUAACAAAAGAAAGUAGCCUUUUCCAGCUGGCUAACAAAGAAUUUGAAGGCAGUGAGCUAUCAUGUUCAACACAUCAGUAUACUUUAGAAGGAUUCAUAGGGGAGGAGGGGAGGACAGCACUGCUCUGGACUCCUAAUUUAGCAGUUUUGUUUGAGUUAGAGUGGAAUGUCACUCACUCUAACUUCUGUUCCUAGUCAGAAAAUGAGACCUCUGACCUUCAGGAAGAAAAUCUUGCAAAAGAUGAAGAGCUGAAGUCCCCUGAAAAAACAGUCUCCAGUCAGAAAAUGGAACUGAAAGAACUGGUAACUGCUGAGGACUCUGCUAUAAAUGAAACUCAGCCUCAAGAGGAGGAAAAGCCCAUAAGGUCUUGCCCUUCCCCCACAGAGGUGGCAGAUGCAGUGAAGACAGUACAGCACUUCAUGGAGGAAUUCAGCAUGGACCUCUCAACUGUUACGCAAGCCUUUCUGAAAAACAGUGGUGAAGUGGAGGCCACUUCCUACUUCUUACAUAACAGUCAGCGCUUGGAUGGAUACCCUAUAUGGAGCAGACAGGAUGAUUUAGAUUUGCAGAAAGAAGAUGAAAAUGUCAAAAGCAAAUUAAUAGCAAAAUUUGGAGCUCAGAAUGUGGUAAAGCGAGUUGCGUUCAGGAAGAGUUAGAUAGUAACUUGUGAAGGAUGGUUCAUGGACUGGGACCCUCACAGGAGUGCAGGAAAUGAAACUUGCAUCUCUGACCUUCAUGGAAGAAAGGGUGAGGAUUUGUAGAUGGUCUGAAGUUUCUAGGAUAGCCACUUGCAAUCUCAUUUCAUACAGAAAAAUCUCAUUAAAUUAAAAAGACCUCUUUGCCAAACAGUUUGUCCUUUCCAUCAUUUUCUGUAAACUGUUUUCCCUUGAGUUUCCAUGUUUAUGCAAGGCCUUGUUUUAUAUUUGAUUUGUUUUGUACAUGCUGAGUACCCCGGUGAUAAAUCUAAAAGUAAGAUAUUGGAUGAAGAUGAGAGCUCCUUAAUCUCUUCAGAGCCAAGUGGCUGAGCAGUGGAAACCUGCUUUUUACUAUACACGGAGGGGAGAGGAAGGAAGAGUCUGUACAUUGGUGCGUUGGGAUGAUACAUGAACAUGCAUUUCAACAUACUUUAAUUUGCAUUAAUGUGGGAAGGUGUGCCUCAUUAUACAAAUAAAAACAGCAUCAUUCUCUU